AUGGACUUCGCUUCUCAAUUAAAGCGGGGUAUUUCCCGGCAGUUCUCGACGGGAUCGUUAAGGAAGAGUAGUGGAAGGUUUGUAUUCAGUCGGCAGGCUUCGUUAGACCCGAGACGCAACUCGUUCCGUUUCAGCUUUGGAAGGCAGUCAUCGCUGGAUCCAAAUCGUCGGAGUAUUGUUCUGGAUGAUCUGGCGGUGCCGGAACAUCUCGAUUCGACAAUGCGGUUACUGUUCAUGGCGUGCAGCGGGGAUGCGAAGGGAGUGGAAGAUUUGCUGAAUGAGGGCAUCGAUGUGAAUAGCAUCGAUUUGGAUGGCCGGACUGCUUUGCACAUUGCUGCUUGCGAGGGGCACGUUGAAGUCGUGAAGCUUCUGCUCACCCGGAAGGCCAACAUUGAUGCCCGUGAUCGGUGGGGAAGUACGGCAGCUGCUGAUGCUAAGUACUAUGGAAAUGUUGAAAUUUACAAUAUCUUGAGGGCUAGAGGAGCCAAAGUUCCAAAAACUAGGCGGACACCAAUGACAGUAUCAAACCCUCGAGAAAUUCCAGAAUAUGAACUUAAUCCAAUGGAACUUCAGGUUCGCAAGGGUGAUGUUAUUUCAAUGGGUACUUACCAAGUGGCUAAAUGGAAUGGGACAAAGGUUUCUGUAAAGAUACUUGAUAAGGAGUGCUAUUCGGACCCUGAGAGCAUAAAUGCUUUCAAGCAUGAAUUAACGUUGUUAGAAAAAGUUCGACAUCCUAAUGUGGUUCAGUUUGUUGGAGCUGUAACUCAGAAUAUACCAAUGAUGAUUGUGUCAGAGUACCAUCCAAAAGGUGACCUUGGAAGUUAUCUUCAAAAGAAAGGGCGUUUAUCACUCUCUAAGGUUCUGAGAUUUGCUCUUGAUAUUGCCAGGGGCAUGAACUAUCUUCAUGAAUGCAAGCCAGAGCCAAUUAUUCAUUGUGAUUUAAAGCCAAAAAAUAUUUUGCUGGAUGAUGGAGGCAACUUAAAGGUAACGGGAUUUGGAUUGAUAAAGUUGUCAAAACUUUCACCCGACAAAGCAAAAUUGGCACAACCAGGCGCUCAUAUUGACCCUUCAAGUCUAUAUUUGGCACCCGAGGUCUAUAAAGAUGAAAUAUUUGACAGAAGUGUUGACACCUUCUCCUUUGGCCUUAUUCUUUGUGAGAUGAUUGAAGGAGUGCCGCCUUUCCACCCCAAAUCAACAGAAGAUGCUGUUAAAAUGAUUUGUUUAGAAGGAAAGAGACCAUCAUUAAAGACCAAAUCAAGAAGUUACCCCCAGGAGCUAAAGGAGCUGAUUGAAGAAUGUUGGAACCAAGAACCUAUGGUAAGACCAACAUUUUCUGAGAUUAUUGUUCGUCUGGACAAAAUAAUUGCACAUGGCUCCAAACAAGGAUGGUGGAAAGACACUUUUAAGCUUCCAUGGUAUGCCUAUAUCAAAUAA